GUAAACAGCGUCGGCCAGUAGUUCGAGUGUCGGCGUCAAAGAAGCACGUGUGUUCCGAACGUUAAGAUGGCUGAGGUGCCGGUUAGCGAGUUGCGGAAGGCUAUCUCAGAGAUGUUGGAUGGUGCCGAUCUCGACUUACUUUCAUCAAAGAAGAUCCGGCAGCAGUUGGAAGAAAAGUACGGUAUCGAUUUCACUGACAGGAAAAAGGAAAUUGACGGCCUGGUCAUGGAGCUGAUCUCUGAGCCUAAAGGUAAAGAAGCCGAAAAGCCCAAGACAAGUGCUCAGCAGAAUGGAGCUGUGAGCUCCACAUCAACUGCUGAAAGCUCAUCAAGUGAUGAUGACGAAGAAGAACAAGAUGAUGAUGAGGAACUGGCCCGCAAGCUUCAGGAUGAGGAAUUUAAAAGUCGCAGUCGUGCUGUGAAGAAAUCGAGGACUGCCAAGAAAGAGCCAGCUAAGAAAGCUGCAAAGGCACCGGGCACUAAGCGAGAAAGUGCCUAUUCCCGCAAGUGUGCCCUUUCUCCAGAGCUGGCUGCUGUUGUUGGUGCUGAGGAGAUGGCCCGAAGUGCAGUCGUGAAGAAAAUGUGGUCUAUUGUUCGUGAGAGGAACCUCUUUGACCCAUCCAACAAGCAGUUUGCACUCUGUGAUCCCCAACUGAUGAAAGUCUUCGGUCAGAAGCGUGUGCGCAUGUUCGGGAUGAUGAAGUACUUGAAGAACCACAUCAAGGACAUCAAGUAAAUGGGCCAUCGGGGAAGCGCGGCGAUGUGCCUUGGCGGAGUACACGCUUUUGCUUCCCUCUUCCCCCUGCCUCGUCCCAUCUGGCCCAUCUUCCAUUUUUGUUGUUGUUGUCACUCUCAGUGUGACAUUUUGAGUGUUUAUCAAGUGCCAGAGCAAAAACAACAUGCUCACCAACUCUGUGUUCUUGUUGUGAUCUUGAGAGUUGCCACAAAGAAUGGGCACAUUUUCUUCAAGUACGCCAGUCUGACGUACAGACGUACAGCACGCAUCUUCGAAGUCAUCAUUGCAGUCUUGUUAAUAUUAUUCACCUCCCAUAAUCACUUCAAGUUAUAACAUUGUUGCACACACUGGCAGCAGCAUUGAAAAUUCUUGAACGACGUAAUUUUCUUUCAUGGGUAAUGCAUUUUUUAAAUUUUUUAUUCAUUUUGCUCCUGCCCUUUCCUCAACAUGCAAUCAUUGCUGCUUGAAAAACAGUAGAGCAGGAACAUAUUGCACAGCCAGUGUAAUGGAUUGAAGUUAUGGCUGGCUAAAUAAUGCUCUAAUGGUAGUGCUACGUCUGCGUGUUUGUGCUGGGAUUUUGUGUGCAAGUGUUCAAAAGUAUCAUGCUUUGUUCGAGUGUUUAUUAUUAUAGGUUUCUUCCUUUUUUCUUUUCUUUUUGAGAGAGAGAGAGAAACAGAGCUCCAAUGUUGGUCAUGCAACACAGUUGCUUUGUAAAGAAGACAAAUGUAUUGUUUCCCAGAAAUUUUUUAUGGCCCUUUAGCAUCUGGACAAAAUGCUGUUACUAUCAACUGUUCUCGGAGAACAGAGGUCUAUGUACCAUUUUUGGAGCAUAAUAAAAUGCGCCUUACAAAUGGCGCUGUUUUUCCCAGUG